CGCUUCCGCCCGGCGGCAUCAUCCACCCCGGCUCCAUGCUGGCUGUCAACCACGCUCAUCGCGCCCCGCACGGGCGCGCUCAGCGGUUGCAGGUGCUGGACACCGAGUUCACCGCCGACUCGGUGGAGUGGUGCCCGCUUGAGGGCCACCGGCGCCUGCUGGCCUGCGGCACCUACCAGCUGCGGGAGACCGAGGACGCCCAGGAUGAGCAGAACCUGAGACACCAGAAGCGCCUAGGUCGUCUCUACCUGUAUCAAGUUCAGAACAUGACACCAGGCAGCCCGCUGGAAGAGAUGUGCCUGCAGGAAGUACAUCGCAGGGACACAGCGGCCAUUCUGGACAUAAAAUGGUGCCACAGUCUAGUUGCCGACCAUGUCGUCUUGGGAGUGGCAGAUGCCAGUGGGUUGGUGCAGCUCUUCUACCUGCUGGAACAUGAUGAGAACCAGUAUUCUCUGGAGCCUUUGUCUCACUUUGCCCUGGAGGAGCAGACACUGGUCCUGUCCUUGGAUUGGUCCACGAGGAACUGGGAGAGAAAAUCCAGCCAGCCUUUGAACAUCAUCAUCAGCGACUCCAAAGGGUACCUGCAUCUGCUGCAGGUGGAAUCGUCAAGCGGCUCCCUGAUGAAGAAGGCCACUUGGAAGGCCCACAAGUUUGAAGCCUGGGUCGCCGCUUUCAACUACUGGCAGACAGACAUCAUGUACUCAGGUGGGGACGACGGUAUGCUGAAAGCCUGGGAUUCCAGGAUAACUGGGGUCAAUCUGUUCAGCAGCAGAAGGCACUCGGCGGGUGUGUGCAGCAUCCAGAGCAGCCCCCAUCGUGAGCACAUCCUGGCCACAGGCAGCUAUGACCAGCAUGUGCUGUUGUGGGACACUCGCAACAUGAAGGAGCCCCUUGAGGAUGUUUCCACGGAGGGUGGCGUGUGGAGACUCAAGUGGCACCCUUUCCACCCACAUUUGUUGCUGGCGGCCUGUAUGGGUGGUGGUUUCCAGAUCAUCAAGUACCAGGACACUAGCGAAGAGAAGAAUGAUGUACUACUGACCUCUAUGGCUCACAUGCAGUCGGACUCACUGGUAUAUGGGGCCGACUGGUCCUGGCUCUACGUCAUCAACAGGUUCCAGCCCAACUUGGACCCUUCUCUAAGGAGCACAAUCAACCCAUUCAGCAAGGCGUUAACAAGAUGUUCAGAGAACAUUAACCAAGCACAGGACACAGCACUUUUGUCAAUACAGAGCCCAUUCUGGCCAAUACAGGCAAAGGACCAAAGUAGUGUGGAGGAGGUAAAGGUUGUGUGUGAGAGCAACAGCUCCCUGGAUAUAGCAAGUUUUGAUAUCAAUCUCCUGGCCACUUGCUCUUUUUAUGAUCAUGCUCUUCAGUUCUGGAAGUAUGACAGUAGUUCUGAAAGCUGCAGCUAGAAAGGAUGCGGGGGAGUGGGAUCAUAAAUAAAAUUAA